GAGUUCCCUUUCAAGGGGAAAAAUAAACACUACGUGUGGCUUUCACUGAGUCUGAGACUCCAGGAGGGAUUAUGGUAUUGUAGUCAGGAAGCCAGAAUUGUGGAGGCCAAAAAGCAUGCUGGGGCUGUGUUCCAAACAUUGAGAUAGAGGUACAUAAUUAUCCAGCACAGGAGGUCUUUCCAGGGACUCGUCCCCCGGCAACUCUGGCAAUUAAACUACGAAAAGAAUUUGGUUUCGUUUCAUCUUCGCUGGACUCCACUUCUUUUGGGAGAGGGCAACCCUUGAAAUUGAAGCCUGUUUGCUGUCCUGGUGCUAGAGUGCUUUGGCUCCAUGGAUGGGUGCAGAGCUCUGAUUUUUGCGUUGUUGCACCUUCACAAGCCGGGAUUUUGGCUUUGCUGCUGCCCUGUGGGUGAAGAAUCCCUUCUUUCUGCCGGCAGAUGUUGAGGUGCAGGAGGCAACAAAAGUCUUCAGCAGCAGCCGUCGUUCCAAGGGAGGAGGCAUUACCCUGGCCGAAGGCACAGCUUUCUCUCCAUGCUUCUCUAGAGGUGCUCAGAUGGGAUUAAAGUCCACAUGGAGAUAUGGAAAUGGACCAGGAAUUUACUCUAAAAAGAUGGUCAGCUGGGAUUCGGGUUGCCUUAUCUGCCUGGUGGUGGUCACCAUGGCUGGACUUUCCCUGGCUCGACCUUCAUUUAAUUUAGUUGUUGAAGACACCACGGUGGAACCCGAAGAGCCGCCAACCAAAUACCAAAUCUCUCAGCCAGAUGUUUACUCAGCACUUCCAGGAGAGACGCUUGAGUUGCGCUGUCAAUUGCGAGACGCCGUCAUGAUCAGUUGGACUAAGGAUGGGCUCCCUUUGGGGCCCGACAAUAGGACAGUGAUUAUUGGGGAGUACUUACAAAUUAAGGAUGCCACAGCCAGAGAUUCGGGCCUCUAUGCUUGCACUGCUGUUAGGACCCUAGACAGUGAUACUCUGUACUUCAUUGUAAAUGUUACAGAUGCUCUUUCCUCUGGGGAUGAUGAAGAUGACAAUGAUGGGUCCGAGGACUUUGUGAAUGACAGCAACCAGAUGAGGGCGCCCUACUGGACACACACGGACAAGAUGGAGAAGAGGCUCCACGCCGUGCCGGCCGCCAACACCGUCAAGUUCCGCUGCCCUGCCAUGGGCAACCCGACGCCCACCAUGCGCUGGCUGAAGAACGGGAAGGAGUUCAAGCAGGAGCAUCGCAUUGGCGGCUACAAGGUCCGUAACCAGCACUGGAGCCUCAUCAUGGAGAGCGUGGUGCCGUCGGACAAAGGGAACUACACGUGCAUAGUGGAGAACCAGUACGGCUCCAUCAACCACACCUACCACCUGGACGUGGUUGAGCGCUCCCCGCACCGGCCCAUCCUGCAGGCGGGGCUCCCCGCCAACGCCUCCGCCGUGGUCGGCGGGGAUGUGGAGUUUGUCUGCAAGGUCUACAGCGAUGCCCAGCCCCACAUCCAGUGGAUAAAGCACGUGGAGAAGAACGGCAGUAAAUACGGGCCAGAUGGGCUCCCUUAUCUCCAGGUUUUAAAGCACUCGGGGAUAAAUAGUUCCAAUGCUGAAGUGCUGACACUGUACAAUGUGACAGAGGCGGACGCUGGAGAAUAUAUUUGUAAGGUCUCCAAUUAUAUAGGGGAGGCCAACCAGUCUGCCUGGCUCUCUGUUCUGCCAAGUGUACAAGCUCCUGAGAAAGAAAAGGAAUACCCAACCUCUCCAGACUACCUGGAAAUAGCAAUUUACUGCAUAGGGGUGUUCCUGAUAGCCUGCAUGGUGCUGACAGUGAUCAUGUGCCGCAUGAAGAACACCACCAAGAAGCCAGACUUCAGCAGCCAGCCCGCCGUGCACAAGCUCACAAAGAGAAUCCCCCUGCGCAGACAGGUAACAGUGUCGGCCGACUCGAGCUCCUCCAUGAACUCCAACACGCCCCUGGUGAGGAUCACCACCCGCCUCUCCUCCACUGCUGAUGCCCCCAUGCUGGCUGGAGUCUCGGAGUAUGAGCUGCCAGAAGACCCAAAGUGGGAGUUCCCAAGGGAUAAGCUGACGCUGGGCAAGCCCUUGGGAGAAGGUUGCUUUGGCCAAGUGGUCAUGGCCGAGGCGGUGGGGAUUGACAAAGACAGGCCAAAAGAAGCAGUGACCGUGGCAGUGAAGAUGUUGAAAGAUGAUGCCACAGAAAAAGACCUGUCUGACCUGGUGUCAGAGAUGGAGAUGAUGAAAAUGAUUGGGAAGCAUAAAAAUAUCAUCAAUCUUCUUGGAGCCUGUACCCAGGAUGGUCCUCUGUACGUGAUAGUGGAAUAUGCCUCCAAGGGGAACCUGCGGGAGUACCUGCGAGCGCGCCGCCCGCCCGGCAUGGAGUACUCCUUCGACAUCAACAGGGUGCCCGAGGAGCAGAUGACAUUCAAGGACCUGGUGUCCUGCACCUACCAGCUGGCACGAGGCAUGGAGUACCUGGCUUCCCAAAAAUGCAUCCAUCGAGACUUGGCCGCAAGAAAUGUUUUGGUAACGGAAAACAAUGUCAUGAAAAUUGCAGACUUUGGUUUAGCCAGAGACAUCAACAAUAUAGAUUAUUAUAAAAAGACUACUAAUGGACGGCUUCCAGUAAAGUGGAUGGCUCCAGAAGCUCUGUUUGACAGAGUUUACACACAUCAAAGUGAUGUUUGGUCAUUUGGUGUGUUAAUGUGGGAGAUCUUCACCUUAGGAGGGUCACCCUACCCAGGAAUCCCAGUGGAGGAACUUUUUAAGCUGCUUAAAGAGGGGCACCGGAUGGACAAACCUGCCAACUGCACCAACGAGCUCUAUAUGAUGAUGAGAGAUUGCUGGCAUGCUGUGCCUUCUCACAGACCCACUUUCAAACAGUUGGUGGAGGACUUGGAUCGGAUCCUCACUCUCACAACUAAUGAGGAGUAUCUGGACCUCAGUGGGCCUCUGGAACAGUAUUCCCCCAGCUACCCCGACACGAGGAGCUCGUGUUCCUCGGGGGAUGACUCGGUGUUCUCGCCCGACCCGAUGCCUUACGAACCUUGUCUCCCCAAGUACCAGCACAUGAACGGGAGCGUGAAAACAUGAAAGGAGGAGCAAAGAGGCGAGGACAUCAAAGCUACCUACCGUGUGCAAAGCUAAAGCUUUCCUCCAGGACCUUCACGUUUCUGCUUGUACAUAGGAAAUGCGGAAAAAAAAAAAAAAAAAAGAGAGAGAGAAGAAAAAAGGAAAAAAAAAAUUUGGAGGAAAGCGGUCGGAACCUACAUAAAGUGAUUCUCAUCACUUGCGGCUUUCAGAUGUUCCCAAGAAAGAAGAAUGUUUAUGAGCUGUGUCGAGAUACCCAUUGCUAUCAAUUUUCUGGCUUCCUGUGAGCUGCAACAGACUUUGUUUGUACAAUGGACCGGUCGGACUUGAGGCAAACUCUGGGUCUGCCUUUCUUGUUUAUUUUGUAAUAUUUGGAGAAAAUAUAUGUUGGCACACACUUACAGAGCACAAAUGCAGUAUAUAGGUGCUGGAUGUAUGUAAAUAUAUUCAAAAAUAUGUAUAAAUAUAUAUUAUAUAUAUUUACAAUGAAUUAUUUUUUGUAUUGAUUUAAAAAAUGGAUGUCCCAAUCCACUUAGCAAAUUAGUCUCUUUUUUAACAGCUAUUUGCUAAAUGCUGUUCUUACACAGAAUUUCUUAAUUUUCACCAUCCAAAGGUGGAAAAUACUUUGCUUUCAGGGAAAAUGGUAUAUCAUUAAUUUAUUAACUAAUUGGUAAUGUACAAAACAGUUAAUCGUUUAUAGGGUUGUUGUGUUUUUGUAAUUUAAAUGGCAUUUCUAUGCAGGCAGCACAGAGGACUAGUAGAUAUAUUGCUCAGACUUUACUAGUUUUCAGAUCUUUAAGAAAAGAAAUAUUUACAGUAUAUAACUAAUUUGGGGAAAUUAAACUUUUGAUUUAUUUGUGUUUAAAAACUGCAGUGUCAGAUGAUUAUUCUUAUCACAACCAAAUCCUUUAACAAGAAAGUCUUUUUCCUUUAAGGUCCAAAAAGCAGAGUCGUUCCACUCCCCCCAAAAAAAAGAAAGAAAAUAAAGGACAUUUUGAAGAAGGUUCUUAAAGUAAGGAGAGACAUGAAUUGAUCUAUAACCACAGCAGAACAGACUGCUCUAAAAGGAGCUGAGCUUCUACCCUGAGUUGCACAUGCAUCAAAUUAUCCACAAUUCUCUUGCCUCUGUUGCAUAAUAGGUUCCAGACCUUUUGGCCUGGAUCUUUUGCCUUUAUCCCUCUAUUGUAACUUAAGUUAAAAAGAGAGAAGUUGUUUAUAAUGACAGCUUGCCAUAGGAAUAUCAGCAUCUUUUUAGGGGAUUAAUUCAUGCUGACUCCAGUAUUUCCUUCUGAACCAUUCCAUAACAGUAGGUGUAGCACUGGCCUCUGCUAGAAUAUCACUGUUGUUUGCAUCUUUUUUACAGAAUCUUGUAUUUUUACUUUCAGAACAUUCACUUUGAUAUGGCCAUGGAAUAUGAAUGCAAAUUUCACUGUUUAAUGUGGUGGUGUGUUUGUUUUGGUUUUGGUUUUUUUUUUAAAUAAUUUUUAAUUGGGUAAAAUAAGUAUUAAAAUCUGUUAACUUUUGUACUGACAAUAAAAUGUUUCUACAGAUAUUAAUGUUAAAAUUACAAAAUAAAUGUCAUGCAGCUUAUUUUUCCUAA